AUGAAGUUCGCCAGGGACUUCAAGGAAACACUUGCGAGCCAGGGCUUCCCGUCUCACUGGGUUGAGAAUGCCAUUCCGUAUGGUCAGUUGAAGAAGUGCUUGAAAAAGGUGCAGAGAGAGCUUCAAGAUCUGGGGCUCGAUCCCGACACCCUGAAGGCCCUCUCGGACCCCAAAAACACCUCGCCGGUUGCGCUCAAGUACCGUCUCCAGACGUCGAGUGAUUCGAACCUCGUCCGCCCGACCCUCACCGUCGAUGUACAUUUUAGAGAUGGUAUUGCUGUCGACGCAUCUCUGACGCAAAGCACGCGGCGCUUUCUCGAGAAAAUUGCAUCGGAGCUUCCUGUGAGCCGACAAUCAUCCGCGCCCACCAGCCCGACCGAGGAGAAAAAUGAGAGCCUGGAUGCCACCAUGGUUGACGGCUCUGCUCAGUUCAACGUGGAAGAAGCCAACGCGCUGAAACGACCGGGCUGUGAGACCAUAGAGGUGCCGCUUGUUUUUGACAAUCAGUUUUUCGAAAUGUUGCAGAGCGAUGUCAACAAUAUCGAGGCACUCCAGGCCAGUGAAGAGGCCAACAUGACUGACGAGAUUGUCCAUAUCCGAGAUCAAGUAUCCGUUCUAGCGAAGCCGCGCAAGUUCUCCAAGACCGAUCUUGCCCGGUGGAGAAACAUCUUCGAACUCUAUCUCGAUGCCGAAGUCUUCUUCUCGACCCACGAGCGGAAUUGUGGUGUUCGAUCAAGCUCUGCAGCUCUCGAGAAACUUAGCUGGUUCCAAAAUGAAGUAAAGAAGCGCAACCUCGCCCAGAGCUUCAAGUUGCCCCAGAGCCAUGCUGCAUUUGACCGAUUCCUUAGGUUGAAUCUUAGUCUGCUCAAGAACCUCCAGUUCCAGGAAUUGAAUCAGACGGCAGUCAUGAAGAUCCUUAAGAAAUUCGACAAGAGGACUGCGCUCGGAAUCUCCAAGUCGUUCCGCACGGCCGUACAGCCACACAAGCUCUUGGCCGGUAGCAUGGCCAAAGGCGUGUGCUCGCAGUUAUCCCAAGAGCUGGUAUCCAUUGUGCCCCAGAUAAAUGACUACCUCUGUCCUGUCUGCUUCGCCAUCGCUUAUCAGCCCGUGCGGUUAGAUUGCGAACACCUGUUUUGCAUCAGUUGCGUUAUCAAUCUGCAGCGUCACAAGGACAACCACUGUCCGCUGUGUAGAGCCUCCGUCGUGGCGAACGCUUCGUCUGGUAAUAUCGAUACCGGGGUCGCGGCCUUUAUGAGAAAAUAUUUUGCCAAGGAAGUCAAAGAAAAGGAACGAGCCAACGAUAUCGAGAGGGGAAUCGAGGAUUUCGGCCCUGGAUAUACACCCAAGGAGUGCAUUGUAAUGUGA